UCCUCCGCUCAUUUCUGCCAGGGUAGAGGAAUGCUGGACACCAGGAGAGCAGGGAGGCUGCAGCACACUGCUCCCCAGCCCCACACCUUGGGCCUCCUGUUGGGACACACAGAUGUCAGAAACUGAGCUGGAAAAGAUAAAAAUAGGAACAGCCCAGCAUUUUGAAAAUGACAAAAAGAAUGUUUCUUGGUUGAAGGAAGAUGCGCAACUCACAAAUGAAAACUACGCAGAUGAGAAACCCAUUAAUGCUAUGGUUAUAAAUUCAGUCUCUGAAUUCAACAUCACAGAUGGACCAGCCAAGGAAACCCCCAAUGAGAAAAAGCUGUCAGCAUCCAGCACGUCACUGUCCUCCCUGGAAGAAUGUCAGACAGAACGCUCCUACCUCCAAACCAACCCUUCAGAGCGUCAAAGAGACAUGGAGGAGGAGUGUGCCUCACUGAUCCUCGCCUGUCUGUUCUGCCAGUUUGGGGACUGUCUGCUGAUGCUUCCUGACACCUGUGAAGCGGUGUGCACCGGCCUGUGCUUCCCCUCUCAUGGGUAUCACCAUGCCACGGACGAGGAGCACCCGCGUGGGGACUGCAGCUGCAGUUGUGACGUGGACUGCAGCCUCUUUGAGUCCUGCCACGAGACCAGCGAGUGUCUGGAGCUGGCCAUGGAGAUCUCCGAAAUGUGCUAUCGCUAGCCUCACCCACCCAGGAGCCCCCACAAGGCCAUCAACGGGAGGGGAAAUUCCAUUGCAAAGAAACAGGGGUUUCCAUGUGCCCAAAUGCAGGGCUGUAUUGCAGUCCUUGGACGCUUGGGGCCAUUUCAUUCUGCAUCUGUCUGGGAAACUUAGCAUGGUCCACUCAGUGGUCUCAUUCCAAUUUCACAAAUGCAUGGCUUGCUGAAGAGUAAGCGUCUCAAUCGAUGAGAUGAACAAAUUGUGAAUACCUCCUAAAGGCCAUAGGUGUGCGAUGCUCCUUGAGUACCCAGUAGCAUGCUAAGCUGCUCUGUGCUGCUGCACUGGUCCGCUUCAUGGAUUCAGCCUCAUUCACAAAUUCAGGACAGAUUAGUGCUUUCUUUCAGCAUUGACAUACAUUAGCUUGCCUUUCUAAUGGAUUCAUGCAUAAACAUUAUGCAUUGUUGGUUAUUAUUAAUAAUGUAUUGUAUAACAUCAUUUUGUAAUUAAAAAUUUAUUUAUACAGUCUCUUAAAAUUCACUUAUAGGUACAGUUUAGGUAGGAAAGGGAAUUAAAUGAAUUAGAAACCAUGUUCCUGUAAUUACAACAGAUGUCUCUGAAGCAUCUCCAGUGAAUUCUGAACUGGUAUACACUUCAGGAGGGUGCUGAUGAUCCCAGACCAUGUUAUGGUGUGUGUGUGUGACUUUGUCAUCCUAGGCAAUGAUAUUCUCAAUUUGUUCCAGAAAGGCUUCUCUUUAUUCUAAUAAACCUAAAUGGGAACAAUGUGCAUGUUUCAAGAAAA